AUGUCAGCCACCCAAUCGUAUACCUUGGCAGCCAGGGGUGGGUCCAUGGCCCCCGUGUCCCCCCCCCCUGGAUCCACCACUGUUCGCAGCUCGCUGAGCCGUGCUUGCGUGCGCGAGGGCCAGCGCGCUCGCCCCCUGUCCCCUCCGCAACCACCUCCAAAGGAAGAUCCCCGCGAGGCGGCCUGCGUGCGCUGGGGCCUCGCCAUGCUAAAACACCGGCACCCACCCACGGCAGCUCACAACUCGAGCGUGGCCAACGCGGCGGCUGGCGUGGCGGCGCAGCGCCGGCCGCGCUUCCCAUUCACAAACACGCACACGCGCGCGCGCGUGCUCGCCGUGGCCGAGUUCGCUGCCUCGGGAGGAUACGCUUUACACAGGUUUCCUAAUCGCCUACCCAUGUUUUUCAGACAUCGAAGAUUCCGGAGAACGAUGGCAGCCGCAACGGAUCCCGCCUUCAAAGUCAUCUCCCCGACACAUACGGGCUUCCACAUAUGGCGAAUUGAGAAUAUGCAAGUAGUUCCCGUGCCUAAGGCUACCUGGGGAUCCUUCUACGACGGCGACUCGUACAUCAUCUACGCCGCCUCGGAGUAUGGAAAAGCGGCUGCUGCAGACGCUAAAGUGUACCAGGUGACCGGCAACAGCAUGGAGAUCCACAUCCACUUCUGGCUGGGUAACGACACCUCGCAAGACGAGGCGGGCGUAGCGGCGUAUAAGACCGUGGAGCUGGACGACUACCUCGGCGGCACCCCCACCCAGCACCGCGAGGCGCAGGGCAUGGAGUCGGGGCGCUUCAAGUCCUACUUCAAAGACGGAAUCACGAUUCUGAAAGGAGGUGUCGAGUCUGGAUUCAACAAGGUGACAGAUGACUUUGAACCCAAGCUGUUCCAUGUCAAGGGUCGCAGACAACCAACAGUCACUCAGCUGCCAGCUAUAAGUUGGGAAUACUUUAAUGAUGGAGAUGUGUUCAUAUUAGAUACGAAAGAAGUAGUCUUCUUAUGGAUAGGACAAGGAGCCAAUGCUGGAGAGAAACUUAAGGCUGCUGUGGUUGCUGGAAAAUUGCGUGAUGAUCACAAUGCUUCAGCUCUUGUGUUUGUUGAUGAUGGAGAUGAACAGGACAUGCAUGCAGGAGAGAAGAAAAUAUUUAAUGAACAUCUGAAUCUUAGUGAGCGAGUGAUAAAGAGUGCUGAAGAAGCAGGAGCAGAUGAUGAAGUAGAAUCAGGUCUAAGAAAUCUUCUCACUUUGUACCAAUGUGAGGAUGAAGAUGGUACCUACAAAGUUGUGGAGUUGAAAUCUGGACCACUUUAUCAAUCUGACCUCCACUCUGAUGGUUCCUUUAUUGUUGACAAUGGUAUUCAUGGGUGUUGGGUUUGGAUUGGAAAAAGAACACCACAGAAGGAAAGGACAGAAGCAGUGCGCAAUGCUCAUGGUUUUGUAACCAAGAAAGGAUAUCCAGCAACUACACCAGUGACAAGAGUAGUGGAUGGAGGAGAACCUACUGAAUUUAGAGUGUUAUUUCAAUCAUGGAAAGACAAAAACCAAAUGUUGGCAGUUGGUAGAUCAGCUCCAGGAGGCCGUGUUGCAAUUACAGUUCAAACAAAACAGGAUGCAGCAACAUUCUAUGAUCAACCACAUCUGGCUGCUGACAACCAGCUAUGGGAUGAUGGCUCUGGCUCAUGCACUGUUUGGCGCAUUAAAGAUUCUGAACUAGAAGAAGUGCCCAAUAAACUGCACGGGUUAUUCUUUGCUGGAGAUUCUUAUGUUAUUCAUUACUCUUAUUGGGCUAAUGGGACAGAGCACCACGUUCUUUACUACUGGCUGGGUGAUCAGUCAAGUGAUGAUGAACGUGAAGUGGCUGCCCUCAAAGUGGAAGAGAAAGACAAUGAACUUGGGGGAGAAGCUCUUGAAAUCAGAGUUUUGCAAGAGAAGGAGCCUGCUCAUUUCUUGGCUAUGUUUCAUCGUGGUAUUCUUAUUUUCAAUGGUGGAUAUGCAUCUGCUGAUGAUGGAGAAGACUCAGAAGACACAGGGAUUCCGCAGACAUUCUUAUUGCAAGUUCAGGGUAACAACAGUUAUAAUACCAGAGCUACUCAGGUGGAGUUACAAGCAUCUUCACUCAACUCAAAUGAUGUUUUUGUUCUGAAAGGAAAGAACAAUUGCUAUGUUUGGUGUGGAAAAGGUUCCACAGGAGAUGAAAGAGAGAUGGCAAAGCAUAUAGCUGAAAUUGCAUCCAAAGGAGAUUUUGCUUUCGUAUCAGAAGGCCAAGAAAAAAAUGACUUUUGGGAAGAGAUUGGAGGGAAAGAUGAAUAUGUAAGUGACAAACGCAUUGCUGACGGUGAGAGAUUGCCAGCACGACUUUUCCAACUCUUCUUCAAGGGCGGAUCAAUCAGAGUGGAAGAAAUAAUCAAUUAUCAGCAAUGUGACCUGCUUUCGGAAGACAUUAUGGUGCUCGAUAUCCAUGAUACAAUUUAUCUUUGGAUUGGCAAGGACUCCAAUGAAGAUGAACGGAAAAAGGCUGUUUCAUCUGCAGUGCAAUAUUUGGAAACAGAUCCAAAAGGUCGUGAUAGGAAGACCCCUAUAAUUCAAGUUAAACAAGGAUUUGAGCCUCCAACAUUCACAGGAUUCUUCCCUGCAUGGGAUCCAUCACUAUGGGAUGAAGCAACAACAUUUGAAAAGUUGAGAAUGCAAAUUGAGGAACAGAACCCAGUAAUUAAAUAUAAUGGAAAUGAUGAUGUAGAGUCGGGAUUUACAAGUGAGCAAAGUUUCUAUGAACAUCCUAAGUAUUCUCUCGAAUUUUUACAAGAAACUCCAGCAGAUGAAUUACCAGAGGAUGUGAAUAAAUUGCACAAGGAGCUUCACCUAUCAAAGGAUGACUUUGUAACAGCUUUCCAGAUGGACUACCAAACAUUCUGUGAACUCCCUACAUGGAAGCAAACAAAUUUGAAAAAAGAAGUCCGCCUUUUUUGAAGUAAAUAUUCACAUUUAAAAUCAUAAACAAGGAUGUAAUGUUAUUCAAACAGCUGUAGGCUCUUGCACUCUUGUUACUGUUAAUAGUAUUAGAAUAUCAUCAUUAUAAGAACAAGUUUCAUUCAGUAAUUGGAUUAUUGAAUUACAUUAAUUUAUUAGAAAACUUUGAAACGUGCCAAUGAAUGAUUAACCAUAUAUUGUAAAUGAUAACAUUGCAUAUAAAGCACUCACGUAAUGCAUUUUAUAUUUACAUACUACACAAAGACAGCUGGUGCUAUUAAGACUGAUAUCAAGUGGCAUUCAUGUAAUCAGCCAUAAAACAAAUGCAUUUCAUAAAAUCAUGCUACAAAGCAGUAUUUCAAAAUGAUGGUAUUUAAUUCUAUAUCUAGGUCCAUGCAUACAUUCAAUUCAAAAGUUUCCAUUUUGUUGCCUAAUUUAUUGUUUUAAUUUACAACUUUUCUCUUUAUAACCGUGUUACUAUUGAAGACUCCUGAAAGAAAAAUAUAUGAGUCAAUGCCAAAACAAAUGAUUUUCAAUGUAAAUGUUGCUUAAAGCUUUGUAUAUUUAAUAAAUAAAAUUGAAAUAUUUAUGUGCACAUAUCCUUCUAUGAUCUCAUACCAUAGCAAUAUGAAUAUAUGUAAUCAAAAAUACAUAAAUUAUUUUAACCUCUUGACUUUCUGUACAAACUUCUUCUGUAUUACAUGCUACUUGAUUCCAUGGAUUAAUUCUAUUAUCCUCCUGACAUUUAUGUCUUGAACUAGACUCAUAAAUUGGCAAGUCAAAUUUAUUCUUCCAUUCUUGUACCUCUUUGCUAAGUAAUUCAACCCUUUGCCGUAAAGAAGAAUUUUCCAACAAUAAUCUAUGUACUUCUCUUUUGUAAUAAUUAUUACGUUCUGACAAACAAAACACAAGAUCUUCCUUCUUCCCCAACUUUUGUAAAGUCCUAAUAGCCUCAUUUUCUUUAUCAUCAAGCUCUCUUUCAAGGCGCAUCACUUUCUUUUCAGAGAAAGAAUAUGCAACUUGCAUCUCAUCUCCAAAUGCUAAAGCUUUCUUCAAAUGCUGAAACAAAACUUUCUGUUCUUCUUCCAAAUGUUUAAUAAUUUUGCAAAUGUUUGUAUCCAAUUUUGAUUCCUGUACCUCUUGCUGAACUGUUUCCAACUCGUGAGAAUGGACAUUACCACUUUGAUUGUAAGAUGUUAUUACAGAUUUCUCCCUCAUGCUUUCUCGCAACUGGCAGAGGAAAAAAACACCAAGACAUAAGAAUAAAAACAACAAAUCUAACAUUUUGUUUAUAUUGUGUGACAUACGCAAAUUAAAAAAUCUUAUAUUCUUGUUCUCUUCAACUUCUGGCAACACAAUACACAUCACCUAGAGUGAAUCAUAGAACUUAUCUCUCUUUAUACUUCAAGGAUGGCAAGAAGAUAAAGACUAGUCAGGAAGUUGACACACUUAACUGGUUUACCAGAUAAGAAGUUGAAGUAAUAAGGAAACAAUGGUUUGGGUACUGAUGUAAUUCCUGUCCUUUAAAGAUCAGGUUUGCAUAUAACAUUCACAAGUUAUUUUCACUCACAUGCCCUUCCAAAAAAAAUAAAAAACAAAAUUAGUUUGAAAUUUCGUUGACUUUUUUAUUGUGUACACAAGCAGUAACUCACAUACACAAAAACAGCACAACAUAAUCAUCAGUAUCUACAAAAUAGUUCUUUUAUUAAUAUGAUACACGAGUAAAUAUCUGCAACUAUUUUCCAUUGUAUUUCAGUGUAUACUGCAGUAACAUUAAAGUUCAUUCACUGACAGAAAAACUUUCCAAAUGCAAUAGCAAUCAUAAUAAUAAUUAUAAUUAUAUAAUAAUAUAAAACUGCGAGUACCACAUAUGAGGGUUAUCUCACUCAUCUUCCUGGUUAUUUUAAAGGCACAAUGUACAAGUUUGUCAGCUGCAAAUACAAUAUUUGCAGCUGCAGGAAAGGGAAGAGGGGGAAAACAGCACACAAGUUUUAUGAAUCUCUUCUUUUUAACAAAAGGUAUAAAUAACAAGACUAAACCAAUAUACAAACACACGUUCUGAACUUGAUGAAUAGCUCAUUAAAGAACGCUUCUUAAAAUCUUUUGUUUUUGUUUUCGUUUUUUUGAGAUUCCAUUCUCAGCUCCAUUGGCACAGAAAAGGAUUACCGAGUGAGCAAGAGUGUUAAAAAUAUACAGAAUGGCAAUUGCUAAACCUAUGCAAAUACAGGAAUGUGAAAAAAAACAAGUGAGCUUAGAGUCUAGAAUUUUUCUAUUCAAAUGACAGCAAUGGAAGCAGAGGUUUCAAACUUCUGCAACACUUUGGCUUAACUAAGUCAGUCAUGAAAAGCAGUAUGUCUCCUCUACUAAAUUCAAGGAAACUGUCACUUCAGCAUGCAUCCUUGUCUGAAUUAAACAAUGUUAGUCUUUGUACCAUAAAAAAAAUAAAUCCAUAGCUUAACAUUGCAUACCUAGGCAAGUUUUAACUCAUCACAGGGUAUGUCACUGGAGAUAGUCUGCUAUGAAUCCAUAUUAGCAAAUCAUGUAGUAAAUGAAAAUUUCCAUUAGUAAGGGGCAGACUAAUGGUAUGGUAACAUCAACCUGGACGUAUAGAACUGCACUGUUUCCACCUUACACUAGUGGAAAUCACACAUGCUCUCCUACUCCAAAAGUAGUGUACUUAAAAAAACAUCUCCAAUGACGCAAAAAAUUCACAACAGGAAAGUCAUAAAAACACUGGAUCACAGGUCAACUAUAACUCUUAAUAAUUAUUUUCUACUUUCCACUUCAGAUACCUUUGUCAUUUUCCGAUAGCUGAAGUGUUAGCUGGUAGAGUUGCAGAACGUUGCUGAGCCAUUGCAUAUUGCUUCAAGGAAGAACGAGUAGACUCUCUUGGGGAAACUUUGGCACCAUCAAUACCACUAUUAGCUUUAUAACCAC